AUGACAUGUGCACUAUGGGACAUUGAAACUGGACAACAGACCACUGCAUUUAGUGGUCACACUGGUGAUGUGAUGAGUUUAUCAUUAUGUCCAGACAACAGGUCUUUUGUAUCAGGAGCUUGUGAUGCUUCGGCGAAGCUGUGGAGCAUACCAGAUGGCAUGUGUAAACAAACAUUUACUGGACAUGAAUCAGAUAUCAAUGCAGUAGCAUAUUUCCCCAAUGGAAAUGCAUUUGCAACAGGGUCAGAUGAUGCUACCUGUAGACUGUUUGACAUCCGUGCUGAUCAGGAGCUCAUGGUUUACGCCCAUGACAACAUUAUCUGUGGAAUCACCUCUGUCGCAUUCUCAAAGAGUGGCCGUCUGCUACUGGCAGGUUACGACGAUUUCAACUGCAAUGUGUGGGACACACUGAAAGGAGAACGUGCAGGCGUUCUCGCUGGGCAUGACAACCGCGUCAGUUGUCUGGGUGUCACUGAAGAUGGCAUGGCUGUGGCCACUGGAAGUUGGGACAGUUUCUUGAAAAUCUGGAACUAA